CCUGCAGAACACAAAAUCCCUCUCCCACUUCAAAGCCACCCCUCCCAAAAUAAAAAUAAAAAACUCUUCCCACAUCCAAAGAACCUACCCCGCCACCGUCCUUCUUCUUCUUCCCGCGAGAAAUUUCCCUACCGUCAAAAAAGGAGAGAAAUCUCUUCUCUGCUCAAGUUUACUGUACUGUUGUGAAAUAAGCAGAUAAUAAUGGGGAAAGAUGAGGAUGAGAUGAGAGGGGAAAUUGAGGAGCGGCUAAUCAACGAGGAGUAUAAAAUCUGGAAGAAGAACACUCCUUUUCUUUACGAUUUGGUCAUUACUCAUGCCCUCGAGUGGCCGUCUCUCACCGUCGAAUGGCUUCCCGACCGGGAUGAGCCCCCCGGAAAAGACUACUCCGUUCAGAAGAUGAUUUUGGGGACCCACACUUCUGAGAACGAGCCUAAUUAUCUCAUGCUUGCUCAGGUUCAACUCCCCCUCGAAGAUGCCGAGAACGACGCCCGCCAUUAUGACGACGAUCGGUCCGAUUUCGGCGGUUUUGGCUGUGCCAACGGAAAGGUACAAAUAAUCCAGCAAAUAAAUCAUGAUGGUGAAGUUAACCGUGCUCGUUAUAUGCCCCAGAAUCCGUUUAUUAUUGCAACUAAAACAGUUAGUGCAGAAGUUUAUGUCUUUGAUUAUAGCAAGCAUCCAUCCAAGCCUCCUCUAGAUGGUGCAUGCAAUCCUGAUUUGAGGCUGAGAGGCCAUAGCACUGAAGGCUAUGGUUUAUCCUGGAGUCAGUUCAAGCAGGGUCAUUUAUUGAGUGGUUCUGAUGAUGCCCAAAUAUGCUUGUGGGACAUCAAUGCUACUCCAAAGAAUAAGGCUUUGGAUGCCAUGCAGAUAUUCAAGAUCCAUGAGGGCGUUGUAGAAGAUGUGGCAUGGCAUCUGAGGCAUGAGUACUUGUUUGGUUCAGUUGGGGACGAUCAAUAUCUUCACAUAUGGGAUCUACGCUCUACAGCAUCUACUAAGCCUAUUCAGUCUGUAGUUGCUCACCAAAGUGAGGUUAACUGCUUGGCGUUCAAUCCCUUUAAUGAAUGGGUUGUGGCAACUGGAUCUACGGACAAGACUGUCAAGUUAUUUGAUUUGCGCAAGAUUACUACUGCUCUUCACACCUUUGAUUGUCACAAGGAGGAGGUUUUCCAAGUGGGUUGGAACCCAAAGAAUGAGACCAUCCUAGCUUCUUGUUGUCUUGGUAGGAGACUCAUGGUCUGGGAUCUUAGCAGAAUUGACGAAGAACAAACACCAGAGGAUGCAGAAGAUGGGCCGCCAGAGUUGCUUUUUAUUCAUGGCGGUCAUACAAGUAAAAUUUCAGACUUCUCAUGGAACCCAUGUGAAGACUGGGUUGUUGCUAGUGUAGCAGAGGACAACAUACUUCAGAUAUGGCAGAUGGCAGAGAACAUUUACCACGAUGAAGAUGAUCUACCUGGAGAUGACCCAACAAAGGCCCCUUAGUUUAGGCUUACCAUCUAAUUGCAGCCCAAUGGGCGGAAUGUAUGAUCAUUUACGUGGAUAGACAACUAGAGUUGCACAUUUUUCUUUUGUACCAUCGUAGCUUUGUUACUGAUAAAUGAGUGAUUCUAUUGUUCUGAUCUGCUGGAAAUUGAACUGCGUAAUUACCA